GUAGUAAACACGCCGCUGCCAUUGUUAUGCCACACCCAAACUGCACCACAUCAUCACGGCCACAUUCAAGCCCGCCGGCCUGCUUGCAAAUUCUUGGGCACAACCUGAUAUUUGGUAUUUGGUUCUUUGCAUCAGUCAGCUUCGCUUUUGUAUAGUUCCGCAACAUCAUUUUGGGAAUCUCUACUCGAGACCGCCGCCAUGAGUUCCUUUCUCACAACAGUAAACCAGCGGACGAAAAACCAAUUCCGCCCUCGCGCAGGAGGGAAGGGGGGCGCUACGAGCUACCAACUUCGUCAAUAUGCAGAGGCCACACUUGGAGGAGGAAGCCUGCGGAAGGUGGUGAAGCUUCCCGAGGGAGAGGACGAGAACGAGUGGCUGGCCGUCAACAUGGUCGACUUCUACAACCAGAUCAACCUGCUCUACGGCGCCAUCACCGAGUUCUGCUCUCCCCAGUCGUGCCCCGAGAUGAAGGCUACGGAUGAGUUCGAGUAUCUGUGGCAAGACUCGGAGAACUACAAGCGGCCGACAAAGAUGCCGGCGCCUGCCUAUAUCGAGCAGCUGAUGACCUGGGUCCAGGCCAACAUCGACAACGAGUCGGUUCUGCCCAGCCGCAUCGGCGUUCCAUUUCCCAAGUUGUUCCCGGCUCUGGUGCGCCAGAUAUUCAAGCGCAUGUACCGCGUCUACGCCCACAUCUACUGCCACCACUACCCCGUCAUCCGCGAGCUCGGUUUAGAGCCGCACCUCAACACCAGCUUCAAGCAGUACGUGCUAUUCAUUGACGAGCACAACCUGGCCAGCGGGAAGGACUUCUGGGGUCCGCUAGGCGAUCUCGUCGACAGCAUGCUGCGCAGCGAUUAGACUGUGCAGACCUUCGAGGCGUUUUGAUUUUUAGAUACAGCAGGAACUGUGGCAUGUUGGCGUUUGGGUUGGAUUGGGUUAGCAGGAGCCUGGUGGUUGUAUUGGUGGGGUUUGGCUGGCAAAGCAUAGUAGGAUUGUAAUGGCAUUCGGGAAUAAGGGCAAACGGCUUCUAUUUUUCAGUGAACACGAUGCAAAUGUCCUCGUGGGCAUUUGUGGCACGUCCUAUUCCGUAGAACCACAUGAAAUGCAGUACUAGCUGUAUUUCGUACUUUGCUAUUUGAUUGCCUAGGUACCUAGGCUAUGAGUAUGCUUAUUAGCUGAGUUACCUUCAAAAUUAAACAGGACUUUACGGAAUAGCCUUUUAAUCGUUUGUACGAGAGUAAAGUCUGCACAAUCGAAAAUGAUGGGGGGAAAUCAUAAACAUGACUUAUUAAACGGC